CCUUCCUAUCAAUUAAAUGCUUAUUUUCAAGGGUAGAGACUUCCAUAUCAGAAUACUGUUACCAGUGGACCAUCAACUGAAGAAUGCAAGGAUAGAGUGUAGCUGGGAUCUAAAGAAGAUACUGCAUGGAUAUCAGCAUAUUUUAAAGCAGAGGUUGCACAGCUGUCCAGAUCUUGUCAGUUUUCUGGUGGAGCUGAAAACUGUUAUGGAAAUUGCCUUAAAGAAUACACCAGAGCUGCACAUACCACGUCCACCAGAAUACUACUCCUGUCUUGUCAGAGAUAUAGAAAUAUUGGGUUGGAAUAAAGUGGCAUAUGUGGAUACUGGUCUGACUACAGUAAAGCUAAAAGCUGAAGAUUCAUGUGGUCGACAACAUCUAAUCACGCUGAAACUAAAUGCAAAGUAUCCUACGGACCCGCCAGAUUGCCUUGUGGAUUUUCCUGUUCAGUUUGCUGUUUCUUGGAUGCCACAGAACUCCUUAAUAGACAUUUAUAACCAGUUCUUGGCAGCAUUAGAAUCACUGAAAGAGUUCUGGGCUGCUAUGGAUGAAAUUGAUGGGAACACAUGGGUACUUGAGCCAGAAAAUCCCACACGGAGUGCCACAACAAGAAGGAUUGCAAUAGGGACCAAUGUUUCGGUGAACAUAGAGGUAGAUCCCAGGCAUCCAACCAUGUUUCCCGAGUGUUAUUUUCUUGGAGCAGAUCAUGAGGUUAAUCCUUUGAGAACUAAGCUGAACAACAACAUGCACUUGUGGGAUCCAGAAAUCAGCCUAUUACAAAACCUGAAAGACAUAUUAGAAGUUGAUUUUCCAUCUCGUGCCGUGUUAGAAAAAAGUGAUUUUACUAAGGACUGUGGAAUCUGCUACGCCUACCGCCUGGAUGGCGCCAUUCCAGAUCACGUGUGUGAUGAGCCCCGCUGUGGACAGCCUUUCCAUCAGGCUUGCCUCUAUGAGUGGCUGCAAGGUCUUCCUUCUAGCAGACAGAGUUUUAAUGUCAUCUUUGGUGAAUGUCCAUACUGUAAUAAGGCACUUAUGGCAUAA